CGUCAGGUGCGGCUCAUUUCCCUUAAUGCAAAUAUAUCCAGUCUGUACGUACUCUUCACGCGCCCCCAAAGUAGCGCCUGGUCCGAGGAAACGGCGUGGCAGCUUCUGCUCCUUUAAGGCAAUGAGGAAUUAAAGCGUGUGCAGGGGCAAGGGGAGAGGGUUAUUGUGUAUAAUGCUCAGAGUCACUGUAGUGGGUUGGCGCGGAGACCAAUGCGAUUAGAGCGGGAGCGGGGAAGAUGCGCGUGCUUGCCUCUCGCUGGACGGACAGAGGCGCUGUAGAAGACAUGACUCUGGAGUCUCAGAAGCAAAAAAAAAAAAACCGCUUCAACACACCCGGAUUUGUUUCUCAUUAAAUCCAGCGGCUUCUCUUUCUUUUUUUUCUAUUUUUAAAAAUAAAUGUUUCUUUUCUUUUUUCCCAAGCGUGAUUCGUCGUUCCAAAGUCUUUUAUUUAGGAUUUUUUUGUGCCACUUUUUUAUUUUUUUCCUUGUUUUUUGCCUUCAGCCCAGAUUUGUCAUAUUUCCCCCUUUUUUUUUUGAAUUUCUACAUCUAUUCCACCUUCUCUGACUCAGCAGCACACCUGUGCUUCACGCGAGCGCCGUUUCCGCUCCUCCAGCAUCUCUCUGAAUCACAGCGCGAGCAGCGAGACGCCGGGCAGCCGAGAGGAGUCUGAUCAGAGCUCUCCCUCCCCGACACCACAACCGAGGCUCAUAUGUGCUCCGCGUGCAAACACCAAAACAGGUCGGGAGAGGGGAAAAAAGUGUCCAAAACAAGUAACGAGAAUCGGUUAAACUAGUAACUAAAAGUCGAGGCAUUAGACGGGUUCCCUUCCAAGACAGUGGCAAAUGUUGAACCUUAUCCUAAGCACAGAGAAGAGACUCCUGGGCAGGCGUCGGUCGAGGCGUGCGGAGGCAGACGAGGAAGCAUAGCUCGGGGAUUGAACGGAGCAGGGCAUGUGGAUAUUGGCUUUUAUCUUUUUCCAGAGCAUCUUGAAUGUUUUCAGUGAAGAACUUCAUUCCAGCCUGUACUUUGUCAAUGCGUCCCUUCAAGAGGUAGUCUUUGCCAGCACCACAGGGACCGCGGUGCCCUGUCCAGCCGCCGGGGCGCCCCCCGCCUCGCUGCGCUGGUACCUGGCAACGGGCGAGGAGAUCUACGACGUGCCCGGGAUCCGCCAUGUCCACCCCAACGGCACGCUGCAGAUCUUCAACUUCCUGCCGUCCAGCUUCAGCAAGCUGAUCCACGACAACACCUACUACUGCACUGCCGAGAACCCCUCGGGCAAGAUCCGCAGCCAGGAUGUCCACAUCAAAGCGGUUUCGAGGGAACCGUACACAGUCCGCGUGGCUGACCAAAAAGCUAUGAGAGGCAAUGUAGCGGUCUUCAAGUGCAUUAUUCCUGCCACAGUCGAGGCCUACGUCACGGUCGUGUCAUGGGAGAAGGACACGGUGUCGCUCAACUCAGGGCAAAGACAUCUCAUCACCUCCACGGGAGCCUUGUACAUCUUGGACGUGCUGCCCGAGGAUGGGCUGAACAACUACCGCUGCACCACGCGCCACCGCUACACGGGCGAGACGCGGCAGAGCAACAGCGCGCGCCUCAUCGUGUCCGACCCCAACAAUGCCGAGCCGGGCAUCCUGGAUGGCUUCGACCGGCGCGAGGUCAUGAUCAACCAGCGGGUGGAGCUGCCCUGCAAGGCGUCGGGCUUCCCUCCGCCUAAGCACCGCUGGCUGAAGGACAACAGCCCCCUGGAGCCCGAUAGCCGAUUCCGCCAGACCAUCAUGGGCCUGCUGAUCGAGAGCUCCCAGCCCAGCGACUCUGGCACAUACGUGUGCGAGGUGUGGAACACCUACGGCAACGCCGAGGUCAUGGGACACCUGGUGGUCAAACAGCCCCUGAAGGCCGUCAUCAGCCCCCGCAAGGUGAAGGGCAGCGUGGGCAGCAAAGUGUCCCUGUCCUGCACCGUGAGCGGCUCGGACGAGUACGAGCUGUCCUGGUACCGCAACGGGGAGAUCAUCUACCCUGGCAACAACGUGCGCAUCACGGGCAUCAACCACGAGAACCUCAUCAUGGAGGGCAUGGCCAAGAGCGACGGCGGGGCCUACCAGUGUUUCGCCCGCAGGGGCAAGAUGUCCGCCCAGGACUUUGUGCAGGUCAUCCUUGAAGACGGCACGCCCAAGAUCCUGGCGUCGUUCAGCGAGAAGGUGGUUAACCCCAGCGAGCCCGUCUUCCUGGCCUGCAACGUGAAGGGCACGCCACCGCCCAGCUGCACCUGGUCGCUGGACGACGACCCCGUCAUCAAGGACGGCCACCACCACCUGGGCCACUACGAGACCCACGAGGGCCACGUGGUCAGCCAGCUGAACGUCACGCACACGCAGGUGCAGGACGGCGGGCUGUACCGCUGCGCGUGCGCCAACUCCGCCGGGGCCGUGCACCACCAGGCUCGCAUAAACGUAAGAGGCCGUGCCAGCAUCCGACCAAUGAAGAACAUCACAGCCAUCGCAGGGCGGGACGCCUUUGUGCACUGCCGCGUGAUUGGCUACCCCUACUACUCCAUCAAGUGGUACAAGAACUCUGCGCUGCUGCCCUUCAACCACCGCCAGAGGGCCUUCGAGAACAACGGCACGCUGAAGCUGUCCAACGUGCAGCAGGUGGACGCUGGGGAGUACAACUGCAAGGUCAUGGUGCAGCCCAACAAGAUGGACUCCCAGAGCGUCCACCUCCGUGUGAGAGUGCCCCCCUACAUCCAGCCCUUUGAGUUCCAGCGCUUCACUAUUGGCCAGCGGGUGUUCAUCCCUUGCGUGGUGAUGUCUGGCGACCAGCCCCUGGACAUCACGUGGCAGAAGGACGGCCGGCCCAUCCCCGUCAGCCUGGGCGUCACCGUGGACAACAUCGACUUCACCAGCUCCCUGCGCAUCUCCAACCUCACGCCCGACCACAACGGCAACUACACCUGCAUCGCCCGCAACGAGGCGGCCGUGGUGGAGCACCAGAGCCAGCUGAUCGUCAGAGUUCCCCCACAGUUUGUGGUUCAGCCUGAAGACCAAGAUGGGAUCUACGGGAAGACGGUGACUCUGAACUGCUCCGCUGAAGGCUACCCCCGGCCCACCAUCGUGUGGGAGCACUCCAAAGGAGCGGGGGUCCCCCAGUUCCAGCCCAUCCUGCUGAACAGCGGCUCGCGGGUGCAGCUGCUGAGCAACGGCUCGCUGCUCAUCAAGCACGUGCUGGAGGACGACGGGGGCUUCUACCUGUGCAAAGUCAGCAACGACGUGGGCGCCGACGUCAGCAAGUCCAUGUACCUCACCGUGAAGAUCCCGGCCAUGAUCACGUCGUACCCCAACACCACGCUGGCCACUCAGGGCGAGGAGAAGAAGAUGAGCUGCACGGCGCACGGCGAGAAGCCCAUCAUGGUGCGCUGGGAGAAGGAGGAGCGCAUCAUCAACCCGGAGACCAGCCGCUACGUGGUCACCGUCAAGGAGGUGGCCGACGAGGUCAUCUCCACCCUGGUGAUCAUGCCUACAGUCCGUGAGGACUCCGGAUUCUUCUCCUGCCAUGCAAUCAACUCCUUCGGGGAGGACCGGGGCAUCAUCCAGCUCACAGUGCAGGAACCACCGGACCCCCCUGAGGUGGAGAUCCGAGAGGUCAGAGAUCGGACCAUCGCUCUUCGCUGGACUAUGGGCUUUGACGGUAACAGCCCAAUCACAGGAUAUGACAUCGAGUGCAAGAACAAAUCAGCAUCAUGGCUAUCAGCACAGGUAACCAAAGACGUGUCGCCCCAGCUUAACCAGGCCACCAUCAUCGACCUGCACCCUUCCUCCACCUACAACAUCCGCAUGGUCGCCAAGAACAUCAUCGGCAACAGUAACCCCAGCAACGAGCUGACCAUCACCACAGACGAAGCAGCCCCUGACGGCCCCCCGCAGGACGUCCUUCUGGAGCCCACCUCCCCGCAGAGCAUCAAAGUCAGCUGGAAGCCGCCGCCGAGACACCUGCAGAACGGUGUGAUCCGGGGCUACCAGGUGGGCUACAGGGAGUACAGCCCCGGGGGCAACCACCAGUUCACCAUCAUCAGCAUGGACACCACCGGGGACACCAUGGAGAGCAUCCUGCUGGACAACCUCAAGAAGUUCACCCAGUACAGCGUGGUGGUGCAGGCGGCCAACCGGGCCGGCACGGGGCCCUCCUCCCAGCAGGUGGUCACCAAGACCCUGGAGGAUGUGCCCUCCCGGCCCCCCGAGAACGUGCUGGCCGUGGCCAAGUCCCCCGAGGUCAUCUCCCUGUCCUGGAUGACCCUUCCCCGGGAGGCCCUCAACGGCAACCUGCAGGGCUACCGGGUCAUCUACUGGGCCAACCUGCCAGAUGGAGAGCUGGGCGAGAUCCGCAACGUGACCACAGCCCAGCCCUCCCUGGAGCUGGACUACCUGGAGAAGUACACCAACUACAGCAUCCAGGUGCUGGCCUUCACCCGGGCUGGGGACGGGGUCCGCAGCGAGCAGAUCUACGUCCGCACCAAAGAGGACGUUCCUGGACCCCCUGCCGGGGUGAAGGCCGCUGCCUCCACCAGCUCCGUGGUGUUCGUGUCCUGGCUCCCGCCGCUGAAGCUCAACGGCAUCAUCAGGAAGUACAUCGUGUUCUGCUCAAACCUCCACCCCAUGGUGAUGAGCGAGUUCGAGGCCUCUCCGACAGUCUAUUUCUACAGAAUCCCUAACCUGGCCCGCAACAGGCAGUACAGCAUUUGGGUGGUGGCAGUGACCGCUGCCGGCCACGGCAACAACAGCGAGAAGAUCACCGUGGAGCCCCUGGCCAAUGCUCCGGCCCGCAUCCUGACCUUCAACGGUACAGUGACCACACCCUGGAUGAAGGACAUCGUCCUCCCCUGUAAGGCCGUGGGAGACCCCCCUCCCACCAUCAAGUGGCUCAAGGGAAACACCAACGGGACCCCUAGUCCUGUCCUGGUGGACGGACGUAGGAGCGUCCACGUCAACGGUAGCUUCAUCAUUCGCACUGUGAAAGCUGAGGAUUCUGGGAACUACAGCUGUGUGGCCAGCAACAAUUGGGGCUCAGAUGAAAUCACGCUUAACCUGCAGGUUCAAGUCCCCCCUGACCAGCCACGCCUUACCGUUACCAAGACAACCACUACAUCCAUCACGCUGUCUUGGAUACCGGGGGACAAUGGAGGGAGCUCCAUUAGAGGUUACAUCCUGCAGUACUCCGAGGACAACAGUGAGCAGUGGGGCAGCUUUCCCAUCAGCCCCAGCGAACGUUCGUACCGCCUUGAGAACCUCAAGUGUGGCACCUGGUACAAGUUCACGCUCACGGCCCAGAAUGCCGUGGGGCCGGGGCGGAUCAGUGAGAUCAUCGAGGCCAAGACUCAUGGGAAAGAACCCCAGUUUGCCAAAGAACACGAGCUCUUCACCAGCAUCAACUCCACCAGGGUCCGGCUCAACCUGAUUGGCUGGAACAACGGCGGCUGCCCAAUCACGUCCUUCAUCCUGGAGUACCGCGCGGUGGACUCGGCCACGUGGACCACGGCGCAGCGCACCUCGCUCACCAAGAGCUACAUCCUGUACGACCUGCUGGAGGCCACCUGGUACGAGCUGCAGAUGAAGGUCACCAACAGCGCCGGCUCGGCCGAGAAGAGGAUCACCUUCGCCACGCUCAACCCAGACGGAAGUACAAUCCCCCCACUGCUGAACACGGGGGACCCCAUCUCGGUCAACAUGUCUGGGAGCGGGGGCCUGAAAAUGGUGGUGACCAUCACGUCCAUUUUGGUGGUGGUGGUGCUGGCCUUCAUCAUGCUGAUGGUGCUGAAGAGGAGGAGGAGGGAGCAGAGGCUGAAGAGACUCAGAGAUGCCAAAAGCCUGGCAGAAAUGCUGAUGAGUAAGAAUACCCGGACCCCCGACACGGUGAACAAACAGCAGCAGACGUUACGAAUGCACAUCGACAUCCCCCGAGCGCAGCUGCUCAUCGAGGAGAGAGACACAAUGGAGACAAUCGACGACCGGUCCACAGUGCUGUUAACCGACAAUGAUUUUGGCGAGACCAAUAAGCAGAAGUCCUCCACAGUGACCCACACGGUCCACUACCAGUCCCUGUCCCAGGCCACGGGGCCCCUGGUGGACGUGUCCGACGCCAGGCCAGGAACCAGUGAGUCGCACCAUCACCAUCCCACUGCCAGACGCACUGCCAAAGCCGGGCCUGCCGCGGCCCGCAGCCGCUACGCCAGCCAGUGGACCCUGAACCGCCCGCACCCCACCAGCUCCUCCCACACCCUGACCACCGACUGGAGGCUGCCCACGCCCCGCGCCACCGGCUCCGUGGACAAGGAGAGCGACAGCUACAGCGUCAGCCCCUCCCAGGACACGGACCGCGCCCGCAGCAGCAUGGUGUCCACGGAGAGCGCGUCCUCCACCUACGAGGAGCUGGCGCGCGCCUACGAGCACGCCAAGAUGGAGGAGCAGCUGCGGCACGCCAAGUUCACCAUCACCGAGUGCUUCAUCUCGGACACGUCGUCGGAGCAGAUGACGGCGGGCACCAACGACUACACGGACAGCGUGGCGUCCAGCACGCCGUCCGAGUCGGGCAUCUGCCGCUUCACCGCCUCGCCGCCCAAGCCCCAGGACGUCAGCCGCGUCAUCAACAUGGCGGCGCCCAAGGCGCACAGGCCAGGCGGAGAGCUGGUGCACCUGCCACCUUAUCUCCGCAUGGACUUCCUGUUGAACCGCGGCGUCGCUGCUACAGCCCGCCAGGGGGGAGCCAGCUCCAGUGGUGGAGGAGGAGGAGGAGGUGGUGGUGCUACAGGUGAAACGGCCGCAGGACCAGGAUCAGGAGGAGGAGGAGGAGGAGGAGGAGGAGGAGGAGGAGGAGGAGGAGGAGCCAUGGGCCAGACCUGCCUUGAACCCCAGCGGAGCCGAACCCUGAAGAGGCCCCCUCCGAUGGAGCCCACCCCCAUGGAGCUGCCCUCACCGCGGGGGGAGGUGCAGCAGUGGCAACCAGGAACUGCCGCCACGCUGCCGCACAGGGAGGCCCGCGAGAGGGGCGAGGCCCGUGGAGAGGUCCCCUCAUCGGGGGACCUGGCCCAAGCACAGGCUGCCAAGCUCAGCACUUCCCAGGAGUCACUGCUGGAUUCCAGAGGACACCUGAAACAGAGCAACAACCCCUAUGCCAAGUCCUACACGCUGGUAUAACACUGGGACUCCAGGGUAACGGGGACUAGCGCGCGCCACGGCCCCCCCCGUCGCAGACACAUGCUGCGGGGGGCGGGGGGGGGGGGGG